AUGCAGCUUAAAUACCUGCGGACAUUGUUGGAGGGUCAGGAGCAAAUCCAGCGAAUAGCAGGACUAGCCUGGUCUCCCAAUCAGCUCAAAUUGGCCAUAGCCACUGCGGAUCGUCACAUUCUCCUUUACGAUGAUGCGGGUGAAAGACGUGAUAAGUUCAGCACCAAGCCAGCAAAUCCCUCAAACGGAAAGAACUCCUAUGUGAUCCGCGGAUUGGCCUUUAGUCCGGACUCCACCAAACUGGCGGUGGGUCAGAGCGAUAGCAUCGUCUAUGUAUACAAACUGGGGGAAUCCUGGAACGACAAGAAGGUGAUAUGUAACAAGUUCCCGCAGGCCAGCGCAGUGACUGCUCUGAUUUGGCUCACUUCGGGCUCUAUUAUUGCAGGACUCGAGGAUGGGAAGGUUCGUGCCCUGCACAGCAAGAACAACAAGUCGCAAAGCCUUUAUGGCGGCGACAGCAUUUGCAUUUCGCUGGCGGCGAAUACCAAGGGAACUGGUUUUCUGAGUGGUCACAACGAUGGCACCAUCAUACGCUACUUUAUGACGGAUGAGGCCACGGAACCACUUGGUAGAGUGGUGCAGCAUCCAGUUCCUCCUUUUGCUUUGGCUUGGCCACAAGGUGGAUUUUGCGCCGGUGGCUGUGAUCAGCGGAUUGUAUUCUACGAUAGCAUGGGUCGUCAGCUGCGUACCUUUGACCAUUCCCGAACGGAGGGCGAGCGGGAGUUCACGGUGGCCGCCUGUAGUCCAAAUGGCCAGGCGGUGGCCUUCGGCAGCUUCGACAGGAUUCGCAUCUUCGCCUGGAGUCCUCGGCAAGGAGCUUGGAGCGAGAGUGCCAGCAAGGAGGUGGCUUGUUUGUACACCCUGAGCAGCCUCCUCUGGCGCAGGGAUGGAGCCCGACUCGCCCUGGGAUCCGUGAGUGGGGCAGUGCUCCUCUUCGAGUCCGUUCUGCGACGCACCGUGUGGCAGGACAAGUUUGAGCUGAUCUUCGUGGCACCCAGUCAACUUCUAGUGAGGUCCUUGACCGAACCCUCGCAACAGCUCACCAUUGAAUCGCAGCUGGGUCUGGAGAUCGAUGACGUUAGGAUCAUGGGCAGGGACAAUUACCUGGUGGCUCGCACCGAGGAGUCCCUGAUCCUUUGUGACCUGACCCGCAAUCUGAGCAGCGAGGUUCCCUGGACCGCCUCCGGUCACCACGAGCGGUUCUACUUCGAGAACCCCACUGUUUGCCUGGUCUUCAAUGUGGGUGAACUAAGCUUAGUGGAAUACGGGGAUAACUCCAUCUUGGGAUCGGUUCGCACUGAAUUCGUGAAUCCCCAUGUGAUCUCAGUGCGUCUAAAUGAGCGAGGAAAUGCGAGGGAAAACAAAAAGCUGGCAUUUCUCCUGGACGCCAAGACCAUUUGCGUGGUGGAUCUGGUGAGUCGGAUGACCAGUGGUCAGAUCAACCACGAGACCAAGAUCGAUUGGCUGGAGCUGAGUGAGACUGCCCAUAAGCUACUCUUCCGAGACAAGAAGCUGCGUUUGAUUUUGGUGGAUAACUACACGGGUAAGAAGCAGACCCUGCUCAGCAAUAUAUCCUUCGUGCAGUGGGUUCCCCAGAGCGAUGUGGUGGUGGCCCAGAGCAACUCCAACCUGGCCAUUUGGUACAACAUCGAUCUGCCCGAGCACGUCACCAUGCAAAGUGUUCGGGGUGAAGCCAUCGAGGUGCUCCGCGAGAAUGGUCGGACUGUAGUCAGAUCUCAGGACGGACCAAGUGAACACAAUUACCAACUAGACGAAGGCCUCGUGGAAUUUGGAACCGCGGUGAAUGACAGUGAUUUCGGGAGAGCCGUCCACUUUUUGGAAACCCUGGGAGACAAACCCGCCGCCAAGGCCAUGUGGCAUAAUCUGGCACUGAUUUCCCUGGAAGAUGGAAACCUCCGAGUGGCUCAGAGGUGCUAUGCUGCCCUGGGUAAUGUAUCCAAGGCGUACUAUCUGGCCGAGAUGAUCCAGCAGGCGGAUGAGUUCGAGGAGUCCUCUGGUUCCCCCGGCAUUCUCUGUCCCGAAGUCCGUGCCAAGAUGGCUCUGCUGGGAUCAGAUUUGCGCACUGCGGAGAGGAUCUAUCUGGAGCAGGGAGAUAUCGAGGCAGCUCUGAAGAUGUACCAACAACUGGGAAUGUGGGAUGAGGCAGUGGCUCUGGCGGAGAGGCGUGGCUACAACAGAAUCUCUGAGCUGAAGCAGCAGCAUAUGGACUACCUACUGAGUAGCGAACAGCAGGAGAAGGCUGGUCAGGUUCUGGAGGAGCAGGGGGAUCUCCAGCAGGCCAUGUCAUUGUUUCUGAAGGCCAACAAACCGGCGAGGGCAGCCCGAUUGGCCCUGAAGACACCCCACAUCCUGCAGGAUGAGCAGGUGAUGCUGCAGGUGACAGAAGGACUCGUUCGCUCGGAGCUCUAUGAAUUAGCAGGGGAUAUAGCCCAUCGUUUAUCCCGUCCAGAAGCAGCCUUAGCUCUCUACAGAAAAGGAGGAGCCUAUGCCAGAGCCUUGGAACUGGGACGUGUGGUGGCCCCGCAGGAGGUGACUGCCCUGGAGGAGGAGUGGGGCGACUGGCUGGUGGGCCGCAAGCAACUGGAUGCUUCCAUCAAUCACUACAUCGAAGCGGGAGCCACCCAAAAAGCCCUGGAAGCUGCAGUGGGUGCCAAGCAAUGGCGCAAGGCGGUGCAAAUAGCCAAGGUCCUGGACGAACCGGAGCUCAUCCAGCGCUAUGCCGUGGAUCUGGCCAAGCAUCUGGCCUUCGCAGGAGAUCUGGAUGGAGCGGAGGACAUGCUGGUGCGGGCCAGUCUGCACAAGGAUGCCAUAGAGCUACUGAAUCGCCAUGGCAAAUGGGAGCGGGCCUAUGUAAUUGGGGAGAAGUAUCUGAAGGCGGAUCAACUCCGGGAACUCUUCGUUCAACUGGCAGGCACUCUGGAGGAGCAGGGAAAGUUCAGAGAUGCGGAGAAGGUCCUCAUAGCGGUGAAUGAACCCGACCUGGCCAUAGCCAUGUACAAGCGGCGGGAACUCUACGACUCCAUGAUCCGUCUGGUGGAGCGGCAUCACAAGGAUCUGCUGGACAGCACCCAUCUGCAUUUGGCACGGCAACUGGAGUCCCGUGGCAAACUCAAGAACGCCGAGAUGCACUUCGUGGCCUCCGGGGACUGGAAGUCCGCCGUGCACAUGUACUGCUCCUCGGGUCGCUGGGAGGAUGGCUACAGGGUGGCCAAGCAGAAGGGCACCGAGGGAGCCAGCCAGCAGGUGGCCUACAUGUGGGCCAAGUCCAUGCCCACCGAGAGUGCGGUGCGAUUGCUGAGUAAGCUGGGACUUCUGGACACGGCAGUGGGAUUUGCCUGCGACUCCGGGCAAUUCGAGUUCGCCAUGGAACUGUGCCGGUUCGCGGGCAGACCCACGGAUGAGGUGCACCUGAAGAUCGCCAUGUCGCUGGAGGAUGAGGGGAAGUUCGAGGCCGCCGAGGCGGAGUUCCUCAAAGCCAACAAACCCAAGGAGGCCAUACUGAUGUACCAGCAUGCAGGCGAUUGGCAAGCGGCCCUGAAUGUGGCCGAAUCCCAUCUGCCCGAUGCAGUGGGUGAAGUUCUCAUUGGACAGGCUGCAGCCGCUUUGGAAACCCGUAACUACAAGGACUAUGAAGCUCUGCUUCUGAGGGCCCGUCGUCCGGACUUGAUUGUGGAGCACUACAAACAGGAAUCCCUCUACGAAGACGCCCUGCGCAUCGCCGAGGAGCACUACCCGGCGGCCUUGAAUGACCUGAGGCGUCUCCAGGCGCAGCUCCAACGUGGUCAAGCCCAAGCUCAGGCUGGCGAAGAUGCAGCCUCGAUCUCCCGUGCCUACCUGCAAAGAGCAGCCGAGUUUGCCAAGAAGGAGCAAUUCCGCAAGGCAGCCGAGUGCCUCAUGCAAAUAGACUCCUCCAAUGCCGAGGAUGCUGCCACUUUGGAGAGGGCUCUACUACGGGCCGCCGAGAUCUGCAAUCAGUUUCUGGAGGGACAGGAUGCCCAGGAGUUGGCUACAUCACUGGGACCGCGACUACUGGCCAUCAAGCAGAUAGGACCUGCCGCCCAACUCUAUUUGGCUGCCGAUAUGCCCAAGCAGGCGGUGGAUGUGUUCAUCAAGACGGAACAGUGGAGCAAGGCACGUCGGCUGGCCAAGGAGAUUGAUGCGGAUCUGCAGCUGCUGGCCUAUGUGGAGCAGCAGCAGAAGGCCAGCCUGAGGCACGAGGGCAACAUCGAGCAACUGGCGGACAUAGACAUAGUGUCCGCUCUGGAUCUCCUCGCGGAACAGGGUCAGUGGCAGCGGUGCCUGGAGAAGGCCAAGCAGCUGAAUCCCGCCCUGCUGCAGAAGUACGUGGCCGUCUAUGCAGCCCAGCUCAUCCGCGAGGGCAACUGCACCACUGCCCUGGGACUCUACUUGAGCUAUGGAGCCCCGCCGAUCGAGGCCCACUUCAAUAUCUACACCAGGAUCGCCUUGGAUUGCCUGGCUUUGAGGGAGGAGCAAACGGAGGGUGGAUCCCUGUGGCGCCAGUUGAGGGACUUCCUGUCCCGCCUUCUGCAAUCCCUUAAAUCCUCUCCAGAGCUGGCGCAAUCCCCCUUUACAUCCAGCAUGGAGCAGUUCCUCCUAAUAACCCAUUACUACGCCACCAGAGCAGCCUGCAAGGAGGUGCAGUCCCUCCAACCAGUGGCCCUGCGUUUAUCCUUGGCUCUACUUCGCCACACCGAUCUCCUGCCGGUGGACAAAGGUUUCUACGAAGCUGGGAUGGAUCUCCGCCAGGCAGGUCGGGAAUCCGAGGCCUUUGUGAUGCUCAAUCAUUAUCUGGACGUGUGCGAGGCCAUCGAGGAGGGUUCCGGCCAGUUGGUGGACCAUUCCGAUCUGGCUAGCACCGAUUUUCCCAGCUCCGUGCCUUUGCCGGAGGACAUCCACCUGAAGAACGAUCCCAAUCUGCACGAGGAGGUGCGUGAAUGGGUGCUGGCGGUGAGCAUGGAUCAGCAGGUGGACCAGCAGCUGCCCACCGAUGAUCGCGGUCUGUACGAAUCCAGUUUGGGACCGGAUGACUUGCCCUGCAUGUUGAGUGGGUUUCCCGUGAGAGGUCGUCAGCCGGUGACCUUUCAGGGAUCGAGCAACCAGGUGAACCGCGAUGUGUGGAGCAAGUUCUCGGUGGCCGUGAAGAUGUCCCCGGGCAGUGGCAUUGCUGACAUCAUUGGCUUCACCGAAAAGUGGCAGGGAGCGGCCAACUACGUCAUGCACUAA